UGACUAUUUUUUCUCCCAAAUUCUCUUCACCUUUCCUGAGAGCGAUUAGGGUUUUGCAUUUUGGUCUGGUGGGUCUGUUCUUAAGAAGAAACUGAAACAAAAAUGGGAGCGAGUAGAAAGCUACAGGGUGAGAUUGACAGAGUUUUGAAGAAGGUUCAAGAGGGAGUCGAUGUCUUCGACAGCAUCUGGAACAAGGUCUACGAUACAGAGAAUGCGAAUCAGAAGGAGAAGUUCGAGUCCGACUUGAAGAAGGAGAUCAAGAAGCUCCAGCGAUACCGCGACCAGAUCAAGACUUGGAUUCAAUCCAGCGAAAUCAAGGACAAGAAGGUUAGUGCCUCUUAUGAGCAGGCCCUGGUCGAUGCUCGCAAGCUUAUUGAGCGUGAGAUGGAAAGGUUUAAAAUAUGUGAAAAGGAGACUAAAACAAAGGCAUUUUCUAAAGAAGGUUUGGGCCAACAACCAAAAACUGAUCCAAAAGAGAAGGCUAAAUCAGAGACAAGGGAUUGGUUGAACAAUGUGGUUGGGGAGUUGGAAUCUCAGAUUGACAACUUUGAAGCUGAGCUCGAGGGGUUAUCCGUUAAGAAAGGAAAGACAAGACCGCCUAGACUGACUCAUUUAGAGACAUCGAUUACUCGACAUAAGGCUCAUAUAAUGAAGUUAGAAUUGAUUUUGAGGCUAUUGGAUAAUGAUGAAUUGAGUCCUGAGCAGGUCAAUGAUGUUAAAGACUUCUUGGAUGACUAUGUCGAACGUAACCAGGAGGAUUUUGAUGAGUUUAGUGACGUUGAUGAGCUUUACAGUUCAUUACCAUUGGACAAGGUAGAGGCUCUUGAAGAUCUUGUUACAAUUGGACCUCCUGGUCUUGUCAAGGGUGCACCAAGUCUUGGCUUGAAGACUUCUUUAGCAGCAUCAGCAACUCAAAUGCCCGUUGCAGCAACAUCAAUUCACCAACAGAGUAGUUCUGUCCAAGAACCAGUUGAAGACACAGCUUCCCCGGACAGUAUUCCAGAGACUGUUCCUAUAACUCCACCUUCUAAAAGUAGUGUACUGGGUUCUUCAACUGCAACUACUCCAGUUGCAAGUAAUGCAACUUCUGCACCCGUAAAUAUUCCAUCUCAUAAUUUCCCUGCGGUACCUACUGCUUCCUCCAUCCUGUCAGGUUCAAAUUCUGUCCGCGUCACUGAGAGCACCAGAGCCACUAAUUCUUUAUCUCCUGGAAAUCUUUCUCCUUCGGUGAAGGAAGAAGAAUUAGGAAGCUUUCCCAGUCGUAGAUCAUCUCCAUCUUUCACAGAUGCUGGACUUGUAAGAGGCAUUGGUAGAGGCGGAAUCUCGAGUCAACUGUCAUCUAGUGCCCCCCUUAGUUCCAACAAUGUAGUACCUGGCAGUAGUGCCCUUGGCGUUGUCCCAUCAACGUCUGACAUUGCAAAGAGAAACAUUUUGGGAGUCGAAGAGAGAGUUGGCAGUAGCGGCUUGGUGCAGUCACUUCCCUCGCCUCUAAGUAAUAGAUUGAUCUUGCCUCAAGCUGCUAAGAGCAACAAUGGAACUGGUUCACUUGAUUCUGGUAAUGUUAGUGAGGCUACUGCUUUAGCUGGACGAGUGUUAUCACCUACUAUGGUCUCGGGUAUGCCAUGGAGACCAGGAAGUGAAGCGUUUCGUGGAAGAACUGAAGUAGAACCUGAUCAGAGGGAGAAAUUUUUGCAGCGGCUACAACAAGUGCAGCACAAUAACCUUCUUGGUCAUAAGCAGUUUUCUGCGCAACAGCAAAAUCCACUAUUGCAACAGUUUAAUUCUCAAAAUGCUUCUGUCUCUCAAGCUGGUCUUGGACUUGGAGUCCAGACUUCAGGUCUGGGUACCGUUUCAUCUUCCACCUUGCAACAGCAGACAAGUUCUGUCCAUCAACUGUCUACUCAUCCAGCAUUAGUUUCAAAUGGGGCAAAAGAAUCUGAAAUUGGUCAUGCAAAAGUUGAUGAGCAGCAGCAACAAAAUUUACCAGAUGAUUCGGCUGCUGACCAUACAACUACUUCUGGGCUCGGAAAGAACCCCAUGAGUGAGGAUGACUUGAAAGCUCCAUAUGCAAUUGAUUCUCCAGCUGGAGUUUCAGGCUCGUUAACAGAGCUGGCUCAAGUGCCAAGAGAUACUGAUCUCUCCCCCGGGCAACCUUUACAGGCCAAUCAAUCUUCUGGCAGCCUCGGUGUUAUUGGUCGAAGAAGUGUUUCUGACCUAGGUGCCAUUGGUGACAAUGUUACGGUGUCAACUGUAAACUCCGGGGGAAUGCAUGACCAAUUGCACAAUUUGCAGAUGCUAGAUGCUGCUUAUUACAAGCUCCCACAACCCAAAGACUCCGAACGCACAAGGAACUAUACUCCGAGGCAUCCUGCAAUGACUCCUCCUAGCUACCCGCAAGUACAGGCACCAAUUGUUAACAAUCCAGCAUUUUGGGAGCGACUAGGUCUUGAAAAUUACAGCACCGACACCCUUUUCUUUUCCUUUUAUCAUCAGCAGAACACUUAUCCACAAUAUUUGGCCGCCAAAGAGUUGAAAAAGCAGUCUUGGAGAUACCACAGAAAAUAUAACACAUGGUUUCAGCGACACGAGGAGCCGAAAGUCGCCACCGAUGAAUAUGAACAAGGGACUUACGUCUACUUUGAUUUCCAUGUCGCCAAUGACGAUCUAGGAGUUGGGCAAAACCAAGGAUGGUGUCAGCGGAUCAAGAACGAGUUUACAUUCGAGUAUAACUAUCUUGAAGAUGAGCUUAUUGUAUAGAACUUGUGCAGUAGAUGCUACUACAAUUACGUCAUUGUUCAAUUACCGGGUCCAUCUUUUGAUUUUUUUUUCUUCUGUAUCUAGUUAUAUUUACAUUUAUUCAACUUAAUGUCCCAAGUCUUAAGCGAAAUUUCUGUUGAAAAA